CCGCGGGGAUGUAGGCGGCCGUGCGGUCCCGGGGCAACCGGGUUUCCCGCCCCUCGGCCGCCGCCCUAUAUGUGGCCCUCCGCGGCUGGCCGGGCAUGGAGCGCCCCGCUGUGCCCUGGCCAUGGAGCAGGUCGAGCCGCGCGUGCUGGACGCGCUCGCCUACCUGGAGUGCUUCCUGGCCUCGCUGUGCUUCGUGCUGCUGAAGCUGCUGGGCUCGCCCUACGGUCGCUACGCGCCGCAGUGGCCCGGCCUGCGGGUGUCGGCGCGGGUCGCCUGGGUCGUGCAGGAGCUGCCCUCGCUGGCCUGGCCGCUGUACGAGUGUGGCCGCGCGGCCGCGGAGCGCCUGCACCACUGGCCCAGCCGCGUCCUGCUGGCCAUGUUCCUGGUCCACUACAUGCAACGGACCCUGAUCUUCCCAUUUCUGAUCCGAGGAGGGAAGCCAACACCGGUGUAUUCGUGUGCAUUGGCGUUCGUGUUCUGUGCCUACAACGGCUACUUGCAGAGCAGGUACCUGAGCCAGUAUGCAGUUUAUCCUGACAACUGGCUGACAGACCCUCGGUUCCUCUCAGGCUUUGCCCUGUGGUUCCUGGGGAUGCUGAUAAACAUCCAUUCGGACCACAUCCUGAGGAAUCUCCGGCGACCAGGGGAGACGGGAUACAAGAUACCCAGGGGAGGCCUGUUUGAGUUCGUGACCGCCGCCAACUACUUUGGAGAAGUCACGGAGUGGUGCGGUUUCGCCCUGGCCAGCUGGUCCCUGCAAGGCAGCGCCUUUGCCAUGUUCACGUUCUGUGUCCUGCUCACCAGAGCGGAGCAGCAUCACCAGUGGUACCUCGAGAAGUUUGAAGACUACCCGAAGUUCAGGAAAAUCCUGAUCCCCUUUUUGUUCUAAGUGCGUUGCUGACGAAGUUAGUUACCUUCAUCUGGAAGCCUCUCAGCGAUCCCUCUGCAGACUGAAGAUGAAUGACCGCUCUGUCAUUUCCCUGCUUCUUCCUUGUCCUCAAGAUAGAGUCUAAGAAAACUGUUUCGUUGUGUUGUGUUAACCUGUAGGCUGACUGGUUAUGGGCUAACCAAGCUGCAGUACCAGCCCCAGGGUCACGGUGUGCGCCAGAUCAGGAACGGGGCGCUCUGAGUAAGCGCCGCUGACCGUCCCCUGAUUUGGGGCUCAGCCGCGUGGGCUGUGCUGAGCCGUGAAGGUGAAGGGCCAGGAUGUGCUCUCUGUGGCCUCCAGGCGGCGCUCUCCCUUUCCAGCAAGGUAUCUGGCACUUGGACCAGCCCAGCUCAUCAGACGGCCUCGCUGGGCAGGAUGGGACAGGUGGCCGUGGCAGCCUCUAGGGAGCCAGCUGCUGUGUCCCUGGUGGAGGACUCGGGCCUCUGGGGUGCGUGCGAAGCUGCAGCAGGCCACUCUGGCUGGGGUUCAGGUCCCCACCUGAGCCAUCGGCAUCCUCAGCCAUCAUGGGUUCUGUUUGUUCAGCGUGGCUAGAACUGGGAUUUUUCUGAGAAACUUGUUUUUCAUGUCUUCCUCGAUAUUGCAAAAUAGAAUCUUGGAACAGUCUUCUCCUUCAAGUGCAAUGCGAGAGUCUGCAGAGAUGAAGGGCAGAGAUAAAAUUUACCACUUAGAUAAGGAAUGCCGAAGGGAGAGCUGGAGGGAGGCCAGGCGUCUGCCAGGCGUAUGGGAUCCUGUGAAAAUCCAGUAAACUGGUCUUGGCGGUAUCUCCAGGGCCUGUCCCUCAGCAGGGCAGGAGCUGAAUGAGAGACAGGGACUCGGGGUUCACUCUGUGACCCACCACUGGGGCUAGAUGAGGAAGCCCAGGACACACCCACAGCUGUGCACCUGCCGUCUGGGCCACAGCCCGCUGCUGCCCCGGCACCUGCCGGCCUCCCUCCCCUGAAUCUCCCACCGGAGCUGCAGGCCCUGCCCCAGUGCCUUCCAGAGUCUCUCAGGGCUGCCGAUUUCUUUUGUAAUCUAAAGAAUGAUAACAUUUUUAACAACAACAAAAGCACCUUUGAAACUCCAUCCUGUCUGUUCCUGGGGAGAUCCAACAGGUUUGUGGUUUUGGGGUUCCCAGCAAUUACUUGGUCAGCACUAGGGCCAGAGUUCAUGUAACAAAAUCCCUCUGCGAGAACGCCAUGUUCGGUUAAAGCCAAGCAGCUGCCUCGGGACGUUCUCUGGGGCACAAAAACAACAAAAACAGAAAACAUCCUAAGAGAAAGAACAUUUCAGAGUAGUAUUAAUAGAAUAAAAAUGUGAGCUAACUUAUUAAAAUGCAAA